UAUUCGUUUGACAUCCGGGUGUUCUGCCUUUAUACACCAUCCCUCUCUGUGUGUCUUUCUCCCCCUCUCUUUUAUAGGGCAGAUGGUUUACCCCAUGUAGUUUGCUUCAUUGAGACUUUGUCGGCAUGUCAAGCUGUACGAGGGCUGCCUCUGCUUCCAUCUCCUCCUCCUCCUCCCGUUCUCUGUGUAUAUAUGGAGGGGUUUCCUCCGAAUAGUACAGCCCAGACAGAAGGUAGAAGGGAGAGGAUUGCUCUUCACCUGCUUUAUCAGACGAGGUUCACCAUUACCCGGAAGUUAUUCCUUGUAAGGAGAUGGGGGUCUUUCUCCCCCUUGAUGCAGUAAGCAUCCCCCACCACCUUUUUGCUGCUUCCAUGGGGUUUGUUUGAGAGGAGUCCACAGAGAUGGAGAGAUGCCUCCCCGCGGGCACUAGCCCAAACCUUAUACACUUGGGUUGCCAUGGGAAUCUUAUGAUAAUCUGAGAGGAAAUAAGUCCUGGUAACAUUGCUGUUACUCAUGAUGUGCCUGAAGUGAAGAGGAAGGGAAACACUUAACAUAUCCAAGUGCCAAGGCUCGGCUGUGUCAUGGCUACGGACUCUGGUGAAUCAGCCAGCACAGAGGAAUCAGAGAAACCUGAUGGAGUCUCUUUGGAAGGUAGGGACUCCUCUGCUGUUGCCCCUUUGACCAUGGAGACCAGGACCAAAGAGGAUGUCAACACACCUGCCUCUGGGGCAACUACAGAGAGGAAAAGGUUUUUCCGAAAGAGUGUGGAGAUAAUGGAGGAUGAAAAGACCUUGGAACCCACUCCAAAGGAUGAACAGGAGCAGUUUGUGAUGGGUGACCAGAGGGUGGCUCAUCUUUCUUCCAGCAGUCUGGUGGCAGGCCAGGAGGCCAGAUGUGAGCAUGGCUCAAAGGUGAAUUUGGAAGCUUCAAAGGAAAGAACCAAGAAAGAAAUAGAAGAGGAGGCCGAGAUGAAGGCUGUGGCUACAUCGCCUGGAGGAAGGUUUCUGAAAUUUGACAUUGAGCUGGGGAGAGGGGCCUUCAAAACAGUGUUCAAGGGCCUGGACACAGAAACCUGGGUAGAAGUCGCUUGGUGUGAAUUGCAGGACAGGAAGCUGACCAAAGCUGAACAGCAGAGGUUUAAAGAAGAAGCUGAGAUGCUCAAGGGAUUGCAACAUCCUAACAUUGUCCGAUUUUAUGAUUCCUGGGAAUCAACUGUUAAAGGAAAGAAGUGCAUUGUAUUGGUAACUGAGCUGAUGACAUCUGGAACACUGAAGACGUACUUAAAGCGUUUCAAAGUCAUGAAGCCAAAGGUGUUAAGGAGCUGGUGCCGACAGAUCUUGAAAGGGCUGCAUUUUCUGCACACAAGGACCCCUCCUAUCAUCCACCGUGAUUUGAAAUGUGACAACAUCUUCAUCACGGGGCCCACUGGUUCAGUGAAGAUUGGCGACCUGGGACUGGCCACCUUAAUGCGCACAUCGUUUGCUAAGAGUGUCAUUGGAACUCCUGAAUUUAUGGCUCCUGAGAUGUAUGAAGAACAUUAUGAUGAGUCUGUUGAUGUCUAUGCUUUUGGAAUGUGUAUGCUGGAGAUGGCGACCUCUGAAUACCCAUAUUCUGAAUGCCAAAACGCAGCUCAAAUCUACCGAAAAGUCACCAGUGGCAUUAAACCUGCCAGUUUUAACAAGGUUAUUGAUCCAGAAGUGAAAGAGAUCAUUGAAGGCUGCAUUCGACAAAACAAAUCUGAAAGGCUAUCCAUCAAAGACCUUUUGAAUCAUGCCUUUUUUGCUGAGGACACUGGACUUAGAGUGGAGCUGGCAGAGGAUGAUGACGGACUGAAUUCCUCCCUGGCUUUGAGACUUUGGGUGGAGGAUCCCAAGAAGCUGAAAGGCAAGCACAAAGAUAAUGAAGCCCUUGAGUUCAGUUUCAACCUGGAAACAGAUGUCCCAGAGGAGGUGGCUUGUGAAAUGGUGAAGUCAGGAUUCUUCCACGAAAGUGACUCUAAAGCUGUGGCUAAGUCCAUCCGGGAUCGUGUCUCCCUAAUCAAGAAGACAAGGGAGCGGAGGCAGGUGGGCUACCUGGAGGAGAGAAGAGACUCUCAAAGCAAGCUGCCAAGUGGGCUACCAUUACUCCAGCCGCAGGGCUCAUCAUUCACCACUCCUUCCCAACAGAGCAGGACGGAGUGCGAGGAAACAGAGGUGGACCAACAUGUCCGACAGCAAAUCCUUCAACAAAUGCAGCACAGCUCCUCCAUUGCUGCUGACAGUUUAUCUGAGAGAGGAGCUGGUUCAGUUAUACUUUCGGAUGCCUCCAGCCAACAUAGCCUGGCUUUCUCCUCGGAACAGAUUAUGGGCCCCCAGCAGGCCCCCAAUCUCUCACAAGCUGAAAACAGUGUUCAAGGACACAUCUACGCUUCCCAGCAGCUGGUGGGACAUUACCAGUCGAUGGCAGGGGUGCAACAACAGCCAGCAAAUGUGGCCCACCCCAGCGCUUUACCACUAAUCCAGUGUCAGCCUUCAACCCUACCCACCCACAGCUUGGCCCCCCCUGUGGUUCCUCAAGCCCAGGCGUCUCCUGUUGCACUUCAGCAGUUCACACCGAGGCUGGCUCCAGAUGCACAGAUAUCCCACAGUGCAGAAGGGCAGACAUUGGAUGGAUCCAUCAUGGGAGUCCCUCAGCAGAUCUUGACAGCCACUUCCCCUCAGACUAUCCCUGCUCCACAGAUGGUGAACCAACACCUGCCAGCUAACAUACCGUUGACCUCUGCUGCUAGAAUCAGUAGUCAGGCUUCAGCUGCUGCAGGAUCAAUGGAACUGGAGCAUGCUUCUGCCAGCUUUGUGCCUGCUGGUCAUUCACCUGUGCUACAGGGGCAGCCUUCAGUUCAGUUUGUCAACAAUAUGCCAAGUUUAGCACAGGCUCUUCCUAACCCUUCAGCUCUGCCAUCAGUUCCACAGGGAGUUACAUCCAUUCAACAACCCCAGCAAGUUCCCCAGCAGGUAUCAGCUGCACAGCAGCCCCAGCAGGUGGUGUCAGUUCAACAGAUGCCCCAGCAAGUUCCCCAGCAGGUGGCAUCCAUGCAGCAGCCCCAGCAAACUGCUCAGCAGGUGGCAUCUACACAGCAGGCUCCUCAACACAUGGUGUCAAUGCAGCAAGUUCCCCAGCAGGUGGCAUCCAUGCAGCAGUCCCAGCAAGUUCCCCAGCAGGUGGCACCCAUGCAGCAGUCCCAGCAAGUUCCCCAUCAGGUGGCACCCAUGCAGCAGCCCCAGCAGGUGACAAUGCAGCAAGUUCCCCAGCAGGUGGCAACGAUGCAGCAGCCCCAGCAAAUUGCCCAGCAGGUGGCAACGAUGCAGCAGCCCCAGCAACUUCCCCAGCAGGUGGCACCCAUGCAGCAGUCCCAGCAAGUUCCCCAGCAGGUGGCACCCAUGCAGCAGCCCCAGCAAGUUCCCCAGCAGGUGGCAUCCAUGCAGCAGCCUCAGCAAGUUCCCCAGCAGGUGACAAUGCAGCAAGUUCCCCAGCAGGUGGCACCGAUGCAGCAGCCCCAGCAAAUUGCCCAGCAAGUGGCACCCAUGCAGCAGCCCCAGCAAGUGGCACCCAUGCAGCAGCCCCAGCAAGUUCCCCAGCAGGUGACAAUGCAGCAGGUUCCCCAGCAGGUGGUAUCCAUGCAGCAGCCCCAGCAAGUUCCCCAGCAGGUGACAAUGCAGCAAGUUCCUCAGCAGGUGGCACCCAUGCAGCAGCCCCAGCAAAUUGCCCAGCAAGUGGCACCCAUGCAGCAGCCCCAGCAAGUUCCCCAGCAUGUUCCUCAGCAGUUGGUGGCUAUGCAACAGCCCCAGCAAGUUCCCCAGCAGAUGGCACCCAUGCAGCAGCAGCAAGUUCCAUCCAUGCAGCAGCCCCAGCAAGCGGCCUCUAUUCAACAGCUUCAGCAGGCAGCAGCAAUACAGCAGUCUCAGCAUAUUCCCCCACAAGUGGGCUCCAUUCAGCAAUCUCCACAAAUUCCCCAGCAGGUUGGUUCCAUUCAGCAGUCCCAGCAGGUUGUGCCAGUACAUCAGGUCUCUGCCGUGCCACAGCCGAUUGCACUUCCACAGUGCCCACAGUAUCCCACACUGCCCCUCGAUGCUUCAGCACAGCCUUCCCUGGUGCAGCAAGAGCAGCAAACUAUUCAGAUGCACCAAUCCACAGAUCAACAUCCUUGUGUAAGGCAACAGAUGUUAUACCACCUGCCUCUACAGCAGCAGAAACAAGAGCAGUUUCUUUUCCAGGGCAGCUGUUCAGAGCAGUUGGCAGCUGUUGCUCAACAAGUUGUAGAAAAGCCGCAGCAGGCUGAGCUCGCGGGUUCAACUCCAGAGCAGGUGGCUUAUCCCAUCCAGUACCACCUGCAAGCCCCAGAACAGCUAAUAUAUCAUACGCAGCCCCCCAACCAGCUCCCAGCUUCAGAGCAGCUGACACCUCAAGUGCAGCCCACCAACCAGCUCCAGGCGCCAGAGCAAGCAGCAUGUCAGAUGCAUGUCGCUUACACAAUGCAAGGCUCCGAUCAGCCUCCGUGCACAGAGCAACUGGUCUAUGCAGUCCCUGGAGUGUAUCCAGGACAGCCCUUGGACCAACCAACAUAUCCAAUGCAGUCUUUUUACCAAGGACAGGCAGCUUUUGUAACCCAACCAGCGCCAUAUCUAGUUCCACCUCCAGAGAUCCAGCAGGCUCACUUAGCAGUACAGGUCGCAGAUCAACGGAGUUUUGCCAUGCGCUCUCCUGAGAAAUCGUUAUAUACGCUGCAGGAUAGUGGCACUGGCUGCAUGGAGCAGCAAGUUUGCCUAGGGCAACCAGUGGAGGCCCAUGCCUAUCCCUCUGAGCAGCUCCAGCCUGAGCCAUCAACAUAUCUGAUCCAGCAGGAUUCCAGCAUAGGGCACCAGCAGCUGCAGCCUCCACAGUUUGCAGAAGGCCAACAGCCAGGAUCGCAGGCCCCUUUUGUCCCAUCUCAGCCAUCUUUUAUCCCGCAAAUGCAGCCACAGGCGUCCUAUCAAGAGUUCAACCAGCAUGCUGUUCCUCAGCCCCUCAACGCCACAGUCCCACAGUCUGCCCCAAACGCACCACAGACUGUGUCUUCCAUGCCAGAACAGUCAGAGCCAGCUUAUGCAAGGCAACAGCCACCAGAACUGCCCGGGCACCUGCAUGGUCCUAGCCUCCUCCAGCAACCUCCAGCAUUUCAGCCAGUUGACAAUAACCAACCAUUUACAGCUUCCUCAGUACAGUCAGCAUAUGUGCAGCAGCAGCAGCAGCAGCAGCAGCAGCAGCAGCUGCCAAUGUGCCAGGGGUCCAUGUUGCCUGCAGAGCCUGUGGUCCAGAAGCAGGUCCCUUCAAAGAGUUCUGGAGGAGCAGCAGCAGCCCUGAACCAGCAAGCAUCCCUUAGCGCAGGGACACAGCCACACCAAGAACACAUUCAAGGACAAGACAUUUCACAGGCUUCCGUCUUGGUACCAGAACAACAGCCAUCAGUUCAAAAGCAGGAUUUUGUUCAAGGGCCGAUUCCUGAUGUAGCCAUUCAGAAGGAAGGUACCAAUGGAUGUGACCUUCCAAGUGGAAAUGGCAAACAAGACAAAAGCAAGCAACGGAGAGCUUCCUGUGCCCGAACAGAGAAGGGAACCAAAUUUCAGCUCACUGUGCUGCAGGUGUCAACAUCGGGGGACAACACUGUGGAGUGCCAACUCGAGACUCAUAACAACAAGAUGGUCACAUUUAAAUUUGAUGUUGAUGGAGAUGCUCCGGAAGACAUUGCUGACUACAUGGUUGAAGAUGACUUUGUGUUGGAAAAUGAGAAAGAGAAAUUUGUUGAUGAACUGAAGGCUAUUGUUUGCCAGGCCCAGGACAUCAUCCGCAGUCUUCCGGUGGAAGAGCGAACUACUGGCACAGAGUCUACACCUUCUGAUCUUACCCAAACAGGAUCUUCUGAACAAGUUCAGAUAAACCCAGCAUCUACUCAAACUGGCAGUGAAUCCGCUCCUCAGUCAUCCCCUGUUGGCCGCUGGAGAUUUUGCAUCAAUCAAACAAUAAGGAACAGAGAAACCCAGACACCUUGCACUCUUCUACAGUCAACUACAGCUGCCCCGGGGUGUCAGAUAACAGACCAUAUAGAGGAGAGUACCAAAGAAGAUCACCCCCAGGAUUGUCCACAGGCUGUGGAAAAUCUCAGCAGCCAGCACAGAACGAUCCCCUCUUCCAGCUCAAAUGAGCUAAGUGACAGUAUGGUAUCUGAACCCCAAACAUCGGAAACUGAGCAGUCAGCAAUUCCUCACCAAGUGGAAGGCAGCAUGGAUAAGCUGCUGUCUGCCACUGCUGGUGACAAUUACGAUGUUACUGCUUCCGAUUCUUCUGCUUGGCCAGAGUCUUUAGAGGCAGAGACCCAGGCUGACGAAACUCACUUAUCUUCAUAUACACCCCACCCAACAUCUGGCAUUGUGGAGCAAAGUAUGCCCACUGAGGCCUUUCUGCCCAGACCAACCACCUGCCACAUCCCAGCCGCUGAGGAAGCAGAUAACACGACGAGCACAGAACAGGCCAGUGCUUUGGCUCAGACCCCUGGACAAGAAGGCACCCCCUUCACAUCCACUCUGGAGUCAGACAGUGAGGGCCCCCCUAAGAUGGACUUUGUCGACAACAACAUCAAAACUCUGGAUGAGAAGCUGCGGACGCUUCUGUAUCAGGAACACAGCUUGUCGGGCACUUCACCUGAUAGCCAGAAAGACACACAAAGUGCAGUGGAGUCUCCAUUCUCCUCGUCUGCUGAAGAAACUCUUCCUGGCCCAGUUCUUGAUGCACCAGACACUAACUCCCCCCAAGAGACCCAGCAAAGCCCCACCAAGCUUUCAGACACCCAGGCUAUGCUGAUCCCAUCUGCAGAUCAUCCAGACAGUUUGCCAGUGCUGAGGAGGGAGCCCAGUGCUAUCACCUCUGCUCCUAGUGAUCUCUGUAUGCAUGAGAUGUCCCCGGAGGCUUCAUUUCCUGAGACCCCUGUGGCCUGUCCUGCUUCAGCAUCAAGUGGUGGAGCUGUGCACCUGCAUGCAGGAGAGGAGAUGACAGGCGAUGUUGCUCCUGAUUGGAUUUCUCUCUCUGAGCAUGCAACAGUGCAGAAUAAAGCACCUGGUCAAUCUGUGGCUGGAUCAUUCCAGCGAGGCCGAUUUCAGGUCAUCACAGUGCCACAGGCUUCAGGUGGUUCAGAAAGUGAACCCUGUGAGAUGCCUCCUUCCUCAGAACGUGGUCCAGAAGAAGAGGCUCCCAGAAAAGGAGAAAUUGCUAUGUUGGCUGGUGCCAUGGGUGAAACAGAAGCAUCUCCUACCACCCCUGAGCAGCGGGACCUGGAGGAGAACUCUGCUAUCGCUAGCAGGAUGCAGUCCUUCUCAGAGCCAUGGGCCAAAGGCAGUUUUGUGCAGAAGCAGCCUAGCUCUGACAGUGAGCUUUCUGCCCCCAUGGGUGGUAGCCUGGAGGGCUGGGAGCAAAGCCAGCAGUCGCAAGAGGAGAGGGAUGGCACCCACAUCAAGAGGCGCAGUUCACUCUUUUACUCCGCCUCUUCCCCAAUGAGCAGCGAUGAUGAGUCUGAGAUUGAAGAUGAGGACCUGAAGGUGGAGCUGCAGCGUUUGCGGGAGAAACACAUUCAGGAGGUAGUGAACCUUCAGGCUCAACAGAACAGGGAGCUGCAGGAGUUGUAUGAACGCCUCCGGUCCAUCAAAGAUAGCAGGUCAGAAUCCUCUGACAUCUCCCUGCAACUGUCGUCUCCACGCCGGCCCAAGUCUUUCAAAAGCAAGCUGCGUAGCAGGCCACAGUCUCUGUCGCAUCUUGACAAUGGCAUUGUUGCUCCCGAAUGCUGUUGUGCUACCACUGCUGCCUCUGUGAUAGACUAUCAGUUGAGCAUUCAGGCCCAUUUGCUGCACCAGAGCUGCUCACAAGCAGAGACUAGCCAAGACCAGCUUUGCAUCGUCAGCAGCACUGCUUCUUGUCAGCAGACUACGCCCAGUAAGAAAGGGAUGUUCACAGAUGACUUGCACAAACUGGUGGACGACUGGACAAAAGAAAAGGUGGGGAACUCCCUUAUCAAGCCAAGUCUCAACCAGAUCAAACAGAACAAGCAUCGGCUGGACUCCGACAGCUGGAGCAAAGUAUAUGAGACGACAACAUCUACAAUGGGCUACACGUCCACAUGGAUUUCCUCGCUUUCCCAGAUACGAGGGACCGUACCAGCUGCUUUGCCCCAAGGACUUCCCCUGUCCCCCUUUUCUGGCACACUAUCGCCAUAUGGAGUACCCCACGUAUGCCAGUACAACACCAUGACAGGGGCAACUUACCCAGUGCAAUGGGUGGGCAUUUCAGGGACAGCCCAGCAGUCUGUUGUUGUCCCUGCCCAACCUGUGGGACCAUUUCAGCCAGGGAUAAGCAUGCCAGCCUUUCCAGCAUCACCUGUGCAAAACCCAGCUCCCAUCCCCCCAAGUCCCAAAUGAAGGCGGACGGCUAAAAGGAUGAUAGAUAUGGGGACUGUGCCUAUAACUCAUGAUUCCAUUCCUCUGCCUUGCAUUCUGCGGCCUGGAUUUUGGGGUGAAUUCCCCAGAGCAGCAAUGUGGUGGGAGAUUGCCUUUGCAUUCUCUUAUUUGAAUACUUGAUAUAAUAUUCUUUGGGGGGAUUUUUUUUUAUAUCAUACUUGAGAGAGCUUUGGCCUGUGCAUCUCAUUGUUCCUGAGAUGGACAGCAUGCCCAUGUGCUGCUUAUUAAUGACCCUUCCCUGUCAUUCUGGCCCCAGGUCCCUUGAGUUUUUGAGGCUGAUAGCAACCCUUUUUAAAUUGUUCACGUACUGGCAUUUGAGUUAAUUUACUGACGGAGUGGAAGCAGCAGGGAAAGUUACACUUUGGAUCCUCUUUUAAUUUUACAUUUCUGUCUGGUUUCAUUGGCCGCUUUCAUUGACCGGGGGGGGGGGGGGAGACGACGGAUUUUAUUUGUAGAAAGAUUUGCUGUCACUGAAUCCUGUCUUAAAUUCUCCCCUCUCCUACCCCAGGUGACAGGCCUUUUACAGUUGGAGGACCAUUGAAGGAAGAGUCACAAAAGCCAACUAUUACCUGUUACUGAACGGCUUGUAGUUGUUCCUGAGCAAUUUAGUACAGCUGUUUAUAUAUAAUGGCAGCUCAAUCCUCAUACGCACACGGCAUUCAGUGGAUGCUUUGGGGCUGUUGGCCUAAACUUAGUACUUGAGUUUGGUGUAUGUAGCUUUUUAAAAAUUUCUUUUGCAGUUGAUUUGUUGUGGAGGAGAGGAAGCUGCAGAAAGGGUGGGAACAGAGUGGGAAAUAACCAACGGGUAUUUAAAAACAUCUCCUGUCUCACCCCUUUGCCCCUUUUGUGAUCCAUACUUCACAGUUUUGAGGACUGAAAGUUUUGCUUGGAACAGGGUCACGUGCACAGAGUUUUGCAUUGAGUUGAUUGCCUUACAGUGGGUUUGAAUGGACAGGUGCUCCCACUUUUGAUUAGUGUUGUCUCUUGCAGCAUAAAAUACCUAAGUGGCUACUGUGCUUUGAUCACCUACUGCCAAGAUUAAGAAGUCCCAUCUUUACAGAGAACUUUUGAAAGUUGAGUAGGUUGUACAUGCAUGUUUGAUGGCAAGAAAGUAGUGCCAGGCUUUCUGGUUUUCUGAUUUAAAGAGAAAAAUCGCUAUUUUUGAACAGGCACAGAGAUCUAAAACUAUGCUGAAUAGGUUACAUGCAUGAAAGGCCAUUUCCUGCUGGAGUCUUGUACCUCACAUAACCCCCCCCCCUAUUUUAUAAACUAUAUUUCAGCUGCUCUAUAAGGACCAUGCUUGCAAGUUCAUCUCUGCAGGAGACUAGGCCAAGGGCAACACAACAUUGCACUAUAGUUUAAACUAUGGUUUAGCCUACAUGAGUACCUUGCUCUUCCCCCAUUCCUGACUUUUCAGCCCAGAGAAUAGAAGCCAAGGUUUAUUCUUGGCUUACCACGUGAUUUGUCUGGAGGAAACAAACCACAAACCAAAUUCACACAUCACAAGCCAGACUCUGGCUUGUUUCCUCCCCUGCAUGAUAUAGUCCUGUGCUUUAAACCAUAGUUUAUUUUAAACUAUUAUUUAAUGUUACAUGCGAACUGGGCCAUAGACUAUGGAGGUCUUAAUUUACUGAGUCUUAAGACUAUAAGACUUACAGUCUUAAACUUUUUUCAAGGUAAUAUUUCGUGUAGCAGUUGUUCCUUUGGACCCCAGAAUCUUUGAAAUAUAUUCCUGAUGCACACCUUGACCUGUUUUCUCCUUUGACAUAUCUGGACUGAUUGUCAGGGAACUGGUAUUUCAAAGCUCUGGUUCACUUUGAAUUAACAAAGUUAAAUGUUUGUCUUUGGAGUGCUGUAAGAGAUUUGCAAUGUUGUUGAACAGGGGAGCUGGCUUGCUUUGCUGAUGAAUAUUUAGAGAAUGAAGAAGAGGGAGGCUGUAUCUCUCUACAGUAAAGUUAUUUGGACUUCAACUAGAUAAAUCCUGUUUAAAAUGAUGGGAUUAAAUAAAUCAGAGUACUUUGGUUUGGGCCUACCUGUAAUCCCCCCUUUUUUGGAGUAGCUGCAGAGACAAGCUGCUUGUUUGAACUCAGCCUCUCAAAGGGACACUUGGAGCUCAAGUGAAUUUGGGAGCCUCUGGAAGUUUUGUGGCUAUCCUUGAAGUUUUGUGGCUAUCCACACCAUGAACAAAAGAUCUUGUUUCCCAUGCAUUAUGCAGCCUCCUUGUUCUGCCUGCAAAGAUUUGCAGUGCCUUGUGAUAGAUAAUCUUUAGUAUCUUUUCAGAUUUUUACUGGAAAGUCAAAAAAAGUAGUUCUAGCCUUUUGAAGUUUGAUGAUGUUUAAACAGUGCAUUGCUGCAUCUCUCAUUACGAUCUGCAGCAGCUGAAUUAUAUAUACUUUGGGUGGGUUCAGUUUGAAGAACUGCGAAAACAGUGUUAUGUAUUUUUUCUUUCUUUUUUGGAAAAUAGAAACACAAUCCUGUUUAUUUGGUUUUUUUAAAAUGUUCCCCUGCUAUCUCUGUUAAAAUGGACACAUUGACUAAAAAUACAUGUUUUCUAGUUAGGAUAACUUGUAGGAAAGCAUGGAAUUGUGUGCUGUAUUUGAAAACUGUUGCCAACUUAGCCAACUUGAAAGCCUUGAAAACACAAAUCUGCUAGGAAAUGGUAGAGGGCCUUAUUCCCCCCAGCAAUUGAGUGUGCCUUGGGUACACUAGUGGUACACCAGUGUUUUUUGUGGCAGAUGUGCACAGUGCAAAUGGCAAGCAUGUGUCCUUGAACACUGGUAUUCAUGUAUCAGGGUUCCAUUGGUCCAAUCAAGGUUUCCUGCUUAUUGUUGUAAAUCUCACGUUGUGUCUUGUGCAUUGAGCCAUCUGACCAUUCCAUGCUGCUCGGAGUUCCCAGAGCCAUUGCUUUACAUUUGACAAUAGGGGGCUCCCUUUUGCAAAUGCUGACAUGGUUUGUUCGUCUGUCUCACUUCUGAUAAUGGAAUGAAAAUGGUGGUCAUGAAGUAACCUAUGUUGGCCAGCGCUUGCACUACUGUCUGUGGCGUUAAAAGCUAGGGUGGAAUGAAGGAUUACAUAGGGCGAGUGGUUGCUGCCCCAAAGAAUUGCCACCCCUCUCCUCCUCUUCCCUAUAACCUCUGGCAAAGGAACAUGUGAUGUGACAUUAUUGUGCUCACAUAUUCUUCUUGUAGAGUAUGUGGGGCUACUGUUUUCAGCAGCUGCCAUGUGUACUUUGUAACAUCUGGUUUCCUGCCAUAUGUGUGGCCAGAAAUCAGAGGAUAAGUCCAUACCAGGGUGUGGUGGAGCCAUUGUUGCCCUUAUUGUGCAUGAUUUUUCCCCCCUGCCCCACAAUUCUUUAGUUAAACAUGUGUUUGUGGGAUUUUGACACAUAACCAAAGCCUGUUUGACCAUCGGUGACAGUAGAGGGGGUGGCGAAUCGGUGCACAGUGGUCAGUGAUGCUUCUUCUCACAUCACCUUCAAACUUCGGAGGAAAUAAAGACAAACAUGGAGACCUGAGUGAGCCACAGUCUAGAAAAUGGAGAGAGGCACUGAAGUGUACAUUUGCCAAAACAGGAAAAGUAUUUGGUAUGUGUCAGAGGGCCUCGUCCCUCACAGUAUGUUUUAUAUGUUGGGUUUUGAAUCUCUACAUUGAAUGCGAAACAUUUACUAUCCAGUUCCUCCCCCUCUCCUUCCUGCUUACAUUUUGCUGUUCUUUCCAACCUGAAUCCUGACAAGGAUCAAACUGUGAAUUUGGUUUUGGGUUUUAAAAGGCACUUUUUCUGCUGUGAUGCUUUGGGACUAAGCUUGUAUGAUAUUAAUGGAAUGUAUCAUUUUAAUAUCUGGGUGGAUUUUUCAGUUGUAUUCCAGCUGAGUUGCUUUUCCAUGUUACAUUUAAAGUUUCAUUUUCUUAUCUACCUCAUUUGUUAGUGCUGUUUCAGUCUAGGCUGUGAACUAAACUACCAUUCCUGUAUAUUUCUUGUCUAUUUUAAAUUUGAGAUGGUGUUUUUACACACAUGGCUCUUCACACACACACACACACCCAAUCCCAUUUCCCUGCUUGUAUUUUGGCACUAGCCACUCAAGCUGUUUACUGUUUUAAGGAGGAUAUUUAACUUUCACAAGGAAGACUUUAGAGAUUUAUUCAUCACAUUGAGUUAAACUUAUAGUGACAUGUGAAUGAAGGAGAACAAGUCCAUGCAUUGUCUACUGUAUGUUGCAACUGGUUGUGGCAGCUUAGCAAAGUGUGUAACCCACUGCCUCAUUAGUCUUCCAUUUGACAAUGGGAAAAAAUUAGUGCAAAAGCUAGCUUUGUUUAGGAAGGAAUUCUUCCUUUGUAUAUGCAUUGAAUUAUUGCUGACAAUUAAACUACUGAGGGCGGUGCCAACAUAAUGCUCCCGAUCUCUUAACCAUGGUCAAGGGAUCCACAGCAGAAUGUGCAAUUGCACUCCCAUCUUCAGUCUGUACUUUUUGGGGUGCAAAUUCCUCCCACCCUCUCCUUCUGCUGGCCUGACUCACAGUUAUAGUUUGCGUUGGCCCCAAUCUCAACAGUGGUUAAUGUUAAAACAAGGGUUUGCUGUUUCCCAGCUAGAGCCAAAUUUCUGGUUAAAAGCAAACCCCUUUGUAUUAGUCACAGCUAAGCUUUGUACCGACAUUGGGUUGGAUCCAGAGUUUUUGUUCAGUUGAUGGUGAGACUUCCAGUGGGAGGGAAGCAAUUUCCAGCUACUGCCUCAUCCCUCUGCUGCCCCCCCCCCAAAAAAAUCUGCUCUGGCCUCCCAAUCCUCUGGAGCAGAGUUAGGAUGGGAGUUGGGGGGCUGCAGGGAGAAUCACAGAAAACUGAUUGCCUCCCUAUUGCACUGACAGAAAGCCUAAACAUCAGCUGAGUGACUCUGUGGGAUGCAACCUGUUAUCUUUAACUGUGAUUAAGACCGAUGUGGAGGCAACACAUGGUCUCAUCCCACAGCUUGAUGCCUUAACCAAGUUUCAAGUGUUGGGAGUCUUACAUUGGCAUAGGCUCUGAACAAGGUGUGCAGGGUACCUUUGGAAGGCAGGGGCCUUCUGUUGCAUUUAGGCAAUAAAAUGAUACAUUCCUGGUUAUUUUUAAUUCUGAAACCCAGCAACAGUUAUUGUAAGUGCUGUCAUUUUUGUAGGC